GCGGCCAUUUUCUUUUCACACAUCCGUUUCAAACACAGCCAACCAGCAGCUGGACUACAAAAAGAUACUUUCAUUCAAAAAACCCAUAAACAAAACUUGCAAACGCCGCUGGAAAACCGUUCCAGCCAUUGGUAGGGUACCACUGCGCAAACCGGACCGAAGCGGAGCUCUAGCGCCUCGGGGAAGGAGUUUUUCUUUUCACUUGAGGUAAAGCGGGUCUAUAACGUGAAGCGAUAUGGCGACCGCAACCCCGAGCCGCACGUCCAGCCGCGCGUCGGCCGCCCAAACGCCGCUGAGUCCCGCGCGAAUCUCGCGCCUGCAGGAGAAAGAGGAGCUGAGCGCGCUCAACGACCGCCUGGCCGUGUACAUCGAUCGCGUGCGGUCGCUCGAGCUCGAGAACGACCGACUGCUCGUGAAAGUGUCCGAGAAGGAGGAAGUCACCACCAGAGAGGUGUCUGGGAUCAAGACUCUAUACGAGGCCGAACUUGCUGAUGCCAGGCGGGUGCUUGACGAAACCGCCCGCGAAAGAGCCAAACUUCAGAUCAAUUUUGGAAAAGUCAAUUCUGAGCUUGAGGAGGUCCAGAAGAAUUAUAAGAAGAAAGAUGGAGAUCUGGCUGCGGCUCUGGCCCGUAUUAGAGAACUGGAAGCUCAGUACAACAAAAACGAGGCGGCGCUCAACACGGCUCAUAGCGAAAACAAAGCCCUGUCUGCCGAACUGGCCGACCUGAAGGCUCAGCUAGUCAAAGCAGAAGAUGCUCACGGCGUGGCUAAGAAACAGCUGGAGGCAGAGACUUUGAUGCGGGUGGACCUGGAGAACCGCUGCCAGAGUCUCUCAGAGGAGCUGGAGUUCAGGAAGACCAUGUUUGAGGAGGAGGUGCGUGAGACGCGCAGACGUCACGGUAAGCGCACAGUGGAGGUGGACAGCGGGAUUCAGCAGGACUACGAGUUCAAACUCGCGCAGGCGCUCCAGGAUCUGCGCAGGCAGCAUGAGGAACAGGUGCAGAUCUACAAGGAAGAGCUGCAGCAAACCUUCAGGGCCAAGCUGGAUAACGCAAAGAUGUCAUCCGACAUGAACGAUAAGGCCGUGCUCACCUCCCGCGAAGAGCUGCAGGAAGCCCACAUGAGGAUCGAGGGCUUGAGCUAUCAGCUCAGCACCCUGCAGAAACAGGCGUCGGCUGCCGAGGAGCGCAUCCGUGAGCUUGAGGCCCUGCUGGCCAGCGACAGAGACAAGUACCGGCGACAACUGGACGUCAAAGAGCGCGAGAUGGCCGAGAUGAGGGAGUGCAUGCAGCAACAGCUAAACGAGUACCAAGAGCUUCUGGACGUCAAACUGGCCCUGGACAUGGAGAUCAACGCCUACAGGAAGCUCCUGGAAGGAGAAGAGGACAGGCUGAAGUUGUCCCCCAGCCCGUCCUCACGAGUGAUGGUGUCUCGCACCACGGCUAGCAGCAGCAGUUCCUCGCGCACCUCCCGCGCAAAGAGAAAACGCGUGGAGCUCGAGGAGACGGCAGUCUCUGGUCCUAAAGUCCAGAUCAGCCAGAAGGCGGAGGCCACGGGCAGCGUCAGCAUCGAGGAAAUUGACCUGGAGGGAAAAUCGGUCGCUCUCAUGAACAACUCUGAAAAGGAUCAAUCUAUGGGCAACUGGCGUCUAAAGAGGCAGAUUGGAGAUGAUGAGGAAAUUUCUUACAAGUUUAGCCCCAAGUUUGUUCUGAAGGCUGGUCAGAAAGUAACGGUGUGGAGCGCCGAUGCCGGCGUGUCCCACAACCCCCCAUCAGACCUGCUGUGGAAGAGCCAGAGCUCCUGGGGCACCGGAGAGAAUAGCCUCACCUUUUUGGUGAAUUCAAAUGGAGAGGAAGUGGCAAAACGAACCGUCACGAAAAGCGUGGUGGAGAUGGAGAACGGUGAUGAUGAGGAGGGAGACUUUGGAGAUGAAGAUCUUUUCCAUCAGCAGGGAGAUCCAAAGACCCGAUCCAGAGAAUGUGCCGUUAUGUGAUGAGUUUAAACCUUUAGUAUUUCCCUUCCCCACGAUUGUCUUUUGUAGAGCCACUACUUUUGUAUUCUUCAAUCAUGAGUUCUUAACUUUCGUCCCCAUAUUUUUACGGACCUCGUUUUUAAAGCCAGUUAAUCAUGAAUUGUGGCAGACGAUGUUAUUUUCAGCCGUAGUUCAUUAAUGAAUAGCCUUUCUGCCAAUUGAUGUUCCCGACAGCAUCGUAGGACAAAACAGCAUCAGAGAAUGAGUCGAAUGAUACGAAAUUAGAGAGUAUUUGUGUGUACCGGUGACUAAGAAUGCGCUAUGAUUCAUUUUUCAUAGAUAUGCAGAUUCUUGUCGCCGCAGGUUUAUGAAUGGGGGGGGGGAUUAUUAUGGGAUGCUCUGAGAGGGGGUUCAUUCUUCCUGGUUUAUGUUUUGUAGUGCACUAUAGGCCGUAACUGACAGCUGUCGCUUAUCACACCUUUUCUGUUUUUUGCUUCGCCAACCAGAUGAACAGGGUGGAAGUGGUUUUUAAAGGAUUGCUCAUCCACAGUACUUCCAAAAAAAAACGUUACAAUCACGUCGAUUAAUGCUUAACAUGGUAUUUUGAAUGUUUUCAUCAUUGAAUGUUAAUUUGUGUGUUCUAAAAAUAUAUCGACAAUAUUUGCAGAACGCAUUCGUAAGUAGAUUUUCCAAUUUAGGUGCAGAGGAGAUUUCUGCAGUUUAUCUGGAUGUUGUAAACAUGUUUGAGUCGAUCAUGUGAUCAACGUUCUUUCAACAAAUUCGUCCCUCGAUUUAGCGGCUGGAAUGGCGAUACAAGCGCCAAUGCUAUGUUAACCAAAGAAAUUGACUGGUAACACUUUACAAUAUGGUGCUAUUAGUUAACAUUAGUAAAUGCAUUAGCUAACAAUGAACAAUUUCGUUUUUCAGCAUUUAUUAAUCCUUGUUAAUGUUAGUUCAUGUCAAUACAGCUAUUCAUGUUAGUUCAUGGUGCAUUAACUAAUGUUAACAGUGACAACGUUUAAUUUUAAUAAUUUAUUUAUAAAUGCUGAAAUUAACAUGUAGUAAUAUUAAUAAAUGCUGUAGAAGUAUUGUUCGUUGUUAGUUCAUGUUAGCUAAUGCAUUAAAUAAUUGUUAACAAAUAGCACCUUAUUGUAAAGUGUUACCAAUUGACUUUGUUUAGACAUAUUGUGAUUUAAUGCGUUUCACUUGUAUUUUUCCACAAAAUUCUGUUUUAUAAAUUGUUUUUGCAGUUAGCGAUUAAUUUGCUUCAAGUGAAAUUUGUUUUGAAUUGCAGUAUUUGCGAAAGCUGAGUAAUCUACAUCUUUCCACCCUGUUUAGUCUGUUGUGUUUUGUUUUUAAACUGUCUUACGUUUUCAAAAGUUGUUUUUCAGCCAAUUAUGCAUGCAGCGAGUAUUUUUGUAUGAAUUAAAUUAACAAGCGGAGGGACAUUGCUACGGAAUCUAAUGACCAGAUGUCAGAUCAGAAAACUGCAGAAUGCAAUUAUGCUACAGUCUGAAUUUCAAUUAUAAUCAACUAUAAAGAAUUUUUUUAUAGCUAUUUCCUCAGGAUUUUUAAACCGUAAUGCACAAGGUUCAUACGUCUUUGUGCACAUGCAUUUUAAAUUGCGAUAAAAUGCCUUGUAAGUUUGGGAAAUAUAUCAUGCGGUGUAUACAAACAAUUGAACUGAAAAACUGUUUUUAAUGGAUUUUUUUAAAUGUUCUGCAGUGAUUAACUAUGGAAUUGUUUUAGUGGGGUUAUCUUAAUUUUCAUGUUUACUUUAUGGGGUCAAUUCUAAGGUAAUGUUAAAGUAAUGUUCGAUCAACCAGUUGCGUAUCACUGGUCGGUUUGUGCACAGAUUUGUCAAAUUCAGAAAAGUGAAAUUGAGCCGAAGUAAAAUUGUAUUUGUGUACAUUGUAACUUUGCCUCUGAGCUAAUAAAAUCCUCCUUUUUCAUUGUUAAUUGAUAGGAACUUCCUGACAAACACUCCAUCUGUGAAUUUUUUUUUUAGUUUCUGUUAGUUACGAACACUGUUAUAUUCAUAAGGAAUUUAAUAUCCUUUUUACUGUCAGGUUUUAUUAGACAGGGCUGUGAUUAAUGUAUCGGAUACAAUGUGCUUUGUAUGAAAUUGUCAAUCUGAUGUUGCAGUUGUAUUAAUCUACUGUAAAGAACUCGCAUUUCUUUUGGUGGCAUUUCAAAUAUAUUCAAGUAAUUGAGCCAUAACGAAUUGUGAACAGUGAAACUAAAUUGUGCCGGGGUUAAAAAUAUUGUACGAGGACUUUGGAAGGGCUGAAACGGGAGGCGAACUCAUGCCAAAAGUCUCAUUCAUUUUCAUAUUUUGUCAUUUUUUUGUACGCAAUAUCCAAUAAAUGUUUUACGUAUGAAA